AUGCAUGGGAAAGAAUACUUAGUUUAUACCAGGAGAGACAUGUAUAAGAAUACUCGUUAUGCAUGGAGAGGCAUGUGCAAGAAUACUUGUUUAUGCCUGGAGAGGCAUGUACAAAAAUACUCGUUUAUGCCUAAAGAGGCAUGGGACAAAGAAUAUGUUUAUGCUUGGAGAGACAUGAGAAAAAGAAAACUUAGUGUUAUGGAAGGAGUAGAUUUCAUCAGUGGUCUUCCUGAUCCUCUUCGAGUUACUAUCAUUUCUCUUCUGCCGAUCACCGAAUGUGUGAGGACAAGUGUCCUUUCUCAGCAAUGGAAAACAAUGUGGAAGCCGCCUUCCCAUCUCAGCCUCGAUCAGAGAGAAAUGGAGUUCGACUACUCAAUAUAUUUGGAAGUUAUGCAAGAGGAAGAAGCUGUGGUUGCAAUUGCUGAAGCGACCAAGUUUAUCAACUCAGUCGUGGAUGCUCAUUUUGCUGGCUUGAAAAGUUGUAGGAUUCACCAUUUUCCAGAGAUAUGUGUGAGUAGGAAUGUAGAGGGGUGGAUGAGGAAGCUUUUGGAGAAAGGGGUGAGAAAGAUUUCAAUGGAGAUGGAACUUGGUCGUGUGGAUUAUCUCCAGAAAUUAUUUCCUUUAAAGAGUUUUAUUCCAUGGUCUAUUUAUUUAGAUUUUGAUGCUUUCUCAAAUUUUGAGGAACUUGAGUUGAAGAACUAUAAUCUUAUGACUUCACCUUCAGACAAUCCUCCCAAGUUUUUUGAAAACCAUGACCCUUAG